CAUUGGCUGGGAGAGGUGAAGCGGGUUAGGCUACGGCCGGAGCUGUCAUUGAUGAUUCCUCCCGGUGCUGGCGGCUGGUGAUGGCGGUUAGUGAGCUGGUGACAGUGCGGUGGCGGAGCGUGGGGUCCGUGGAGUGAGCUCUGCAGGCCGGUGGUCCGGUGACGGAGAGAAGCCGGUCGCGGCCUUGUUUGUGCGGCUGAAGGAACAUGGCCACCAUGGAGAAGCUGAUGAGAGCCUUCGAAUCCCUGAAAUCCUUCCAGCAGCAGGGACCGGCGGUGGCGGAGGAGCCGGUGCACAAGCCGAAGAAAGAUCCUUCUACGAACAAGAAAGAUCGCGUGACUCAUUGUCUGACGAUAUACGAGAACAUUGUGGCUCAGUCUCUCAGGAAUUCUCCAGAGUUCCAGAAGUUGCUUGGUAUUGCCAUGGAGCUCUUCCUCCUGUGCAGUGACGACGCGGAGUCUGACGUCAGGAUGGUGGCGGAUGAAUGCCUCAACAAAGUGGUAAAAGCUUUGAUGGACUCCAAUCUCCCGCGGCUGCAGCUGGAGCUGUACAAAGAGAUAAAGAAGAAUGGCGCACCUCGGAGCCUCAGGGCUGCCCUGUGGAGGUUUGCUGAGUUGGCGCACCUUGUACGACCACAAAAGUGCAGACCUUACCUGGUGAACCUACUUCCUUGCCUCACGAAGAUAUCCAAACGUCAGGAAGAAUCGGUACAAGAGACCCUGGCUGCUGCUGUCCCAAAGAUCAUGGCUGCCUUUGGUAACUUUGCCAAUGAUCAUGAAAUCAAGGUUUUGCUGAAAGCGUUUAUAGCCAAUCUGAAAUCUAGCUCUCCCACAAUCCGACGCACAGCAGCUGGUUCUGCCGUCCACAUCUGUCAGCAUUCCCGGCGAACGCAGUAUUUCUACGCUUGGCUUCUCAACGUACUGCUGGGUUUGUUGGUUCCUGUUGAGGAUGAACGCCCUACUCUUUUGAUUCUGGGCGUCCUGUUAACACUACGCUAUCUAAUACCACUACUACAGCAGCAGGUGAAGGACACCAGUCUGAAAGGAAGCUUUGGGGUGACGCGGAAAGAGGCCGAAAUCUCCCCUUCAGUGGAGCAGCUAACACAGAUUUAUGAACUGACGUUACAUUACACCCAACACCGGGAUCAUAAUGUGGUGACGGGAGCUCUGGAGCUGCUGCAGCAGAUGUUCAGGACACCUCCCAUCGAGCUCCUCCAUGUUCUGACCGCGUCCGGAGGCAUCCCACAUGUCAGCGUGUGCCGAGAUGAAGCGCGCGGCCGCAGUCGUAGUGGGAGCAUUGGAGAGCUCAUAGGUAAACUCCACCUGGGUGAAGAGGAAGGCUUAGAAGAUGAUACAGAAGCGAAGUCCGAAGUCCCCGCUGCUCCCCGCUGCUCGUCCGGCGUUAAGAGCGAAGAAUCGUCUGAUACAGGAGCGUCUUCUGGCGCUCCUGCUGCUACCUCUUCUAUAGACUCUACAACUCACGAUAUUAUAACAGAACAGCCGCGGUCACAGCACACCCUGCAGUCCGAUUCUGUGGACCUCAGCAGCUCUGACCUGGCCAGCACAGUAACCGAAGGCGAGGAGGAGGACAUGUUAAGUCGCAGCUCAAGUCAAAUCAGCACUGUCCAGUCUGACCCAAAUACGGACUUAAACGAGGGAACCACUCGGGCUUCCUCCCCAGUGAGCGAUAGCUCACAAACCACCACAGAAGGUCCAGAUUCUGCUGUGACCCCUUCGGACAGUUCGGAAAUUGUGAUCGAUGGCACUGAGAACCAGUAUUCUGGGAUGCAGAUAGGACAGCUUCAGGAUGAGGAAGACGAAGGGGCAAUCAUUCCCCAGGGAGAGCCAGCCGAUCGUUUUACAAACCCGUCUCUUGGUCUUAACCAGAGUCACCUGUUAAAGACCAUAGGCCACAGCCGCCAGUCCUCUGAUAGCAGCGUUGAUCGCUUUGUCGCCAAAGAGGAAGUGGUGGAGCCAGGAGACCUAGAAAAUAAGCCUUCAAGGAUAAAGGGGGAUAUUGGACACUACACGGACGAUGAUUCUGAACCCCUUGUUCACUGCGUGCGUCUGUUAUCUGCUUCCUUCCUGCUGACUGGACAGAAGGGGGCCAUGGUUCCAGACCGGGCGGUGCGGGUCAGUGUGAAGGCGCUGGCGCUGAGCUGUGUCGGAGCCGCUGUCGCUCUGCACCCAGAAGCUUUCUUCAGCAGGCUUUACAAACUGCAGCCAGAGAGUUUAGACCAUCCAGAAAUGCAAUAUGUGUCCGAUAUCCUGAGCUACAUCGAUCAUGGAGAUCCUCAGGUUAGAGGAGCCACGUCCCUUCUGUGCGGCACCAUUGUCUACUCCAUACUCAACAAGUCCCGAUACAAUGCAGAGCAUUGGGUGACUGUCGUUAAGAACCGCACAGGAAAUAACUUUUCUCUGGAAGAUUGCAUUCCGUUAUUGCAAAAAUCCCUUAAAGAUGAAUCGUCAGUGACAUGCAAGAUGGCUUGUGCAGCGGUCAGGCACUGCAUAUCCAGUUUAUGUUGUAGUACAUACAGCGAGCUCGGUUUACAGUUGAUGGUAGAUCUGCUCACACUUAAGAACAGUUCCUACUGGCUGGUGAGGACGGAGCUCUUGGAAACGCUUGCGGAAAUAGAUUUCCGGCUGGUCAGCUUCUUGGAAGGCCGAGCAGACGGAGAACAUAGAGGCGUCCAUUCUUACACUGGGUUGCUGCAUCUUCAGGAGCGAGUAUUAAAUGAAGUCAUCAUAAGCCUUCUAGGAGAUGAAGAUGCUCGAGUGAGACACGUCGCCGCAGCCUCAUUAGCUCGGUCAGUUCCAAAGUUUUUUUACAGCUGCGAUCAAGGUCAGGCCGAUCCUGUGGUAGCCGCCGCUCGAGACCAGAGUAGUGUUUACCUGAAGCUCCUCAUGCACGAGACUCAGCCGGCAUCUCACUUUUAUGUCAGUACCAUCACCAGGAUCUACAGAGGGUACAAUAUCGUUCAGGGUCCGACAGAUGUCAGUAUGGAGAAUAACUUGUCCAAGGUGAUCACGGCAGUCUCCCAUGCAUUAACCACAUCGACCACACGAGCCCUUACGUUUGGUUGCUGUGAAGCUCUAUGUCUGCUGUCACUGCAGUUUCCAGUAUGUACAUGGAGUGUUGGCUGGCAUUGUGGGUACAUCAUAUCCUCUGGUGCCCAGGCCUCACGGAUCCAGGUGUACAAGAACAGAGGACGGUCCUUCAGCAUUUCCCAGCAGAGUCCCUCCGAGGAGCCUCGUAAGAGUUGUACUGCCGGCAUGGCCAACAUGAUCUUGUCGCUGCUGUCGUCCGCCUGGUUCCCCCUUGAUCUCUCUGCUCAUCAGGAUGCAUUGAUCCUCACUGGAAACCUGUUGGCAGCUACUGCUCCUAAAUCACUGAAAAACCCAUGGACCCCCGAGGAUGAAGCUAACCAGCCAACUAACAAACAGGAGGAGCCAUGGCCUGCCCUCAGCGACCGCUCAAUAGUCAGUAUGGUGGAUCAGCUGUUCAUUCACUUACUGAAGGCCAUCAACAUCUGUGCUCAUGUGAUUGAUGACGUCACUCCUGGCCCCGUAGUAAAGGCGACACUACCAUCUCUUACCAACCCGCCUUCUUUAAGUCCCAUACGACGAAAAGGAAAAGAUAAGGAAAGUGCAGAGCAAACAGCGGUACCAUUAAGCCCAAAGAAAUCCACUGAUGCCACUCCAGCUUCUAGACAGACAGAUGCUUCAGGUCCAGCUCAAGCAAGCAAAUCUCUUGGCAGCUUUUACCAUCUUCCUUCAUAUUUGAAACUAUACGACGUAUUGAAAGCCACAUACGCCAACUACAAGGUGACCCUGGACCUUCAGAAUAACAAUGAGAAGUUUGGAAGUUUCCUGCGCGCUGCCCUGGAUGUUCUGUCACAGAUUUUGGAACUUGCUACACUAAAUGAUAUUGGCAAGUGCGUUGAAGAAAUCCUGGGUUAUCUUAAAUCCUGUUUCAGCCGUGAACCGGUGAUGGCGACUGUCUGCGUGCAGCAGCUAUUAAAGACGCUUUUUGGGACUAACUUGGCAUCACAGUUCGAGGCUUUAUCUUCUAACCCGGGUAAAUCACAAGGCAAGGCUCAGCGCUUGGGCUCCUCUAACCUGCGACCUGGCUUGUACCAUUACUGCUUCAUGGCACCCUACACGCAUUUCACUCAGGCCCUGGCUGAUGCAAGUCUACGAAAUAUGGUUCAAGCCGACCAAGAGCAGGACACAUCGGGAUGGUUUGAUGUUCUCCAGAAAGUUUCUUCCCAGCUCAAGAACAGCAUUACCACCGUUACUAAGCAUCGGGCUGACAAGAAUACUAUUCAUAAUCACAUUCGCCUAUUUGAGCCCUUGGUGAUCAAAGCCUUGAAGCAGUACACCACCACUACAUCAGUGCAGCUUCAGAGACAAGUGCUCGACCUUCUAGCCCAACUUGUCCAGCUUCGUGUCAACUACUGCCUGCUGGAUUCUGACCAGGUCUUUAUUGGUUUUGUUCUAAAGCAGUUUGAGUAUAUCGAAGUGGGUCAGUUCAGGGAAUCAGAAGCCAUCAUCCCGAAUGUAUUCUUCUUCCUGGUACUACUGUCCUAUGAGCGCUACCAUUCCAAACAGAUCAUUGGCAUUCCCAAAAUCAUCCAGCUGUGUGAUGGCAUAAUGGCCAGUGGGAGAAAAGCUGUGACCCACGCUAUUCCAGCACUGCAGCCCAUAGUCCAUGACCUAUUUGUAUUAAGGGGAGCAAAUAAAGCUGAUGCAGGAAAAGAGCUGGAGACUCAGAAGGAAGUUGUGGUGUCAAUGCUGCUCCGACUGAUCCAGUAUCAUCAGGUACUGGAGAUGUUCAUCUUGGUGCUGCAGCAGUGCCACAAGGAGAAUGAAGAUAAGUGGAAGAGGUUGUCCCGACAGAUAGCUGACGUUAUCUUACCCAUGUUGGCAAAGCAGCAGAUGCACAUAGACUCUCACGAAGCACUGGGGGUGUUGAAUAGUUUAUUCGAAACAUUGGCCCCUUCGGCCCUACGUCCUGUAGACAUGCUGUUGAGAAGUAUGUUCGUCAUUCCGUACACUAUGGCCUCCGUGAGCACCGUCCAGUUAUGGAUCUCUGGCAUCCUGGCGAUUCUCCGUGUCCUUAUCUCACAGUCCACAGAGGACAUUGUCCUGUCCCGGAUCCAGGAGCUGUCCUUCUCACCUCUCCUGAUAUCAUGUCAGAACAUCACUCGAUUGAGGGACAAUACCCAUCAAAACUCAGAAGAAGAUGCUGAGCUGAACCAGAUCACAGUUCCUCCAGAGGAAACCUUUUCACGCUUCCUGUUACAGCUGGUGGGAAUACUCCUGGAGGAUAUAGUGCACAAGGAGCUGAAGGUGGACAUGAGUGAACAGCAGCAUACGUUUUACUGCCAGCAGCUGGGAACCCUCCUCAUGUGCCUGGUCCACAUCUUCAAAUCUGGAACUUUCCGAAGAAUCACGAGUGCUGCCACGAGACUGUUCAAGGGCAGCGGCGACAAUGGCACCUUCUACACGCUGGAGAGCCUGAGUGACCUGGUGGAGUCCAUGUUUCCCACCCAUCCUUCUCUAGUUCUUCUCUGGUGUCAGUUUCUGCUGCUGAUUGACUACACGAACUACAGCUGGUGGUCAGAAGUCCACCAGACCCUCAAGAGAAACAACCUGUCCAGCACCAAACUGUUGCUGAGCCCUCAGAUAUCUACAGACAGCGAGGAGGCAGAGCCGCAGUCCAAGCUGGGCAUGUGUAACCGGGAGAUAGUCCGCCGGGGGGCCCUCAUCCUGUUCUGUGACUAUGUGUGUCAGAACUUGCACGAUUCGGAGCAUCUGACCUGGCUGAUCGUGAACCAUGUGCAGGAUCUGAUCUACUUAUCCCAUGAGCCCCCGGUGCAGGACUUCAUUAGUGCGAUACACAGGAACUCCGCUGCCAGCGGCCUCUUCAUCCAAGCCAUCCAGUCCCGCUGUGAGAACUUGGCCACCCCGACCUCCCUGAAGAAGACGCUGCAGUGUCUGGAAGGCAUUCAUCUUAGCCAGUCUGGUGCAGUGUUAACACUGUAUAUCGACAAGCUCCUGUGCACCCCGUUCCGUGUGCUGGCCCGCAUGGUGGACACGCUGGCGUGUCGUCGGGUCGAAAUGCUGCUGGCUGCUACUCCACAGAAUAGCAUGUGUCAGCUACCUGUAGAAGAGCUGGACAGGAUGCAGGAGUAUCUGCAGAGCAGUGCAUUAGCUCAAAGGCACCAAAGACUUUAUUCUCUGCUGGACAGAUUUCGGUCAACUGUAGCACCAGAAACAAUCAGCCCAUUACCUCUAGUGACCUCUCACCCGCUGGACGGGGAAAAUCCUCCACAGCUGGAGACCUUGGAACCUGAUGAGGCUUGGUACGUGUCUCUGGUCCGCUCGCAGUGUUAUACACACUCCGAUUCUGCACUGCUGGAAGGAGCAGAAUUGGUGAAUAGGAUCCCUCCCUCAGAGCGUCUCUCCUUCAUGACCAGCAAGGAGUUUAAUUUGAGCCUACUUGCCCCCUGCUUGUCGCUGGGAGUGAACCAAAUGUUAGGGGAUCAGAACAGCACUUUCUUUGAAACCACAAGGUCUGUGGUCCUGGAUCUCAUCUCGCAGACUGUUCAGCAGCUUCCAGCCACUCAUCAGCUCUUUCAGCCUCUGCAGCCCAUGGAUGGGAGCUCCUACUGGGAGAAGCUUAGCCUGGUGUUAGGUGAUGCUGAAGUCUACUACUCCCUUGUCACCCUCUGUCGAGCGCUGGCGCAGUUUUUGCUGUCUCUCCCGAAAAUACCUCCAUCCCUGCAUAUAACUCCAGAGAAGGAAGCGGACGUUGUGAAGUUUGUGGUGAUGUCGGUGGAGGCGGUGUCCUGGCAUCUCGUCCAUGAACAGAUCCCGUUGAGCGUGGAUCUCCAGGCAGUACUGGAUUGCUGCUGUCUGACCCUCCAGCAGCCCGUCCUGUGGAAUCUGCUGGCCUCUGCAGAGUACAUGACACACGCCUGUUCACUCAUCAGCUGCACACGCUUCAUUAUAGAGGCCGUUGCAGUCAAACCUGGGGAGCAACUACUGAGCCCUGAAAGGAAAAAAAACAAUUUAGAUGAUGAGACCGCGGCAGAUGAGGCGGAAUCGGACACAACAGGCGCAGCAUUUGUCAGGACCGCCUGCGUGAUGAUGUCUGAGAUGGUGGAUUCCCUGCAGACCGUUCUGUUAUUUGGGCACAAGAGAAAUGUUAACAUAGCGGCAUUCCUGACGCCGGUCUUCAGAAAUAUAAUCAUCAGCCUGGCCCGAUUACCUAUAGUCAACAGCUAUACAAGAGUACCCCCACUGGUGUGGAAGCUGGGCUGGUCCCCUAAAACAGGAGGAGAAUUCGGAACAUCACUCCCCGAGAUCCCUGUUGAGUUCUUGCAAGAAAAGGAAGUGUUUAAAGAAUUCAUCUACCGCAUAAACACACUGGGAUGGACGAGCCGGACUCAGUUUGAGGAGACGUGGGCCACUCUGCUCGGCGUGCUGGUGACUCAGCCCAUUGUAAUGGACCAAGAAGAAAGUCAGCAAGAGGAGGACACAGAAAGAACUCAAAUAAAUGUCCUGGCGGUCCAAGCCAUCACAUCGCUUGUGCUGAGCGCUAUGACCAUUCCAUCCGCCGGCAACCCAGCCAUCAGUGCCCUGGAGCAACAGCCGCGGAACAAGGCCCUAAAAGCGCUCGACACCAGAUUUGGACGGAAGCUGAGCGUUGUUAGAGGAAUCGUGGAGCAGGAAAUCCAAGCAAUGGUAUCGAAAAGGGACAAUAUCGCCACCCACCACGCGUAUCAAGCUUGGGACCCUGUGCCCUGUUUAUCUGCAGCAACCACAGGUGCUCUGAUCAGUCACGAGAAGCUGUUACUGCAGAUCAAUACAGAACGUGAGAUCGGGAGCAUGCGCUAUAAGCUCGGCCAAGUCUCUAUCCAUUCUGUCUGGCUGGGAAAUAACAUUACGCCUCUUAGACAAGAGGAGCUCGACGAAGAAGAGGAAGAUGAGAGUGAUGUCCCAGCCCCAUCUUCACCACCAACUUCUCCUAUAAACUCCAGAAAACAUCGCGCUGGUGUGGACAUACAUUCCUGCUCACAAUUUCUUCUCGAGCUCUACAGCCAGUGGGUUCUACCUUCUAAUACAGGCAAGAAGACCCCAGUCAUCCUGAUAAGUGAGGUGGUGAGAUCGUUACUGGCAGUGUCUGAUCUGUUCACCGAGAGAAAUCAGUUUGAGAUGAUGUACACGGCUUUAACCGAGCUCCAUAAACAGCACCCGUGUGAGGAUGAAAUUCUCAUCCAGUAUCUAGUGCCUGCAAUCUGCAAAGCUGCCGCCGUGCUGGGAAUGGACAAGGCUAUAGCGGAGCCAGUCAGCCGCCUCCUGGAGUCCACACUGCGGAGCACUCACAUGCCCAGCCGCAUCGGAGCGCUGCACGGUGUCCUUUACGUGCUGGAGUGCGACCUGCUGGAUGACACGGCCAAACAGCUCAUUCCUAUCAUCAGUGACUAUCUACUCUCCAAUCUAAGGGGCAUUGCACACUGUGUCAAUCUCCAUAAUCGGCAGCACGUUCUGGUCAUGUGCGCAGCCGCAUUCUAUAUGAUAGAAAACUACCCCCUGGAUGUUGGGCCGGAGUUCACUGCAGGCAUCAUACAGAUGUGUGGUGUGAUGGUGUCCGGGAGUGAUGAAUCCACCCCAUCCAUGAUCUACCACUGUGUCCUGAGGGGUCUGGAGCGUCUCCUACUCUCUGAGCAGCUCUCUAGGUUGGAUGGGGAAGCACUGGUGAAACUGAGCGUGGACAGAGUCAAUAUGCACAGUCCUCACAGAGCCAUGACUGCUUUAGGCCUGAUGCUGACCUGCAUGUACACAGGAAAAGAGAAGUUCAGCCCAGGACGCACGGCAGAGCCAAGUCCUGCAGCACCCGACAGCGAGUCCGUCAUCGUAGCCAUGGAGCGGGUGUCUGUGCUGUUUGACAGGAUACGGAAAGGAUUCCCAUUUGAGGCCAGAGUGGUGGCAAGAAUCCUCCCGCAGUUCUUGGAUGAUUUCUUCCCACCUCAGGACGUGAUGAACAAGGUCAUCGGGGAGUUUUUAUCCAACCAGCAGCCCUACCCGCAGUUCAUGGCCACCGUUGUUUACAAGGUGUUUCAGACGCUACACGCCACAGGACAGUCCUCUAUGGUGCGCGACUGGGUCAUGUUAUCCCUCUCGAACUUCACGCAGAGGACGCCGGUCGCCAUGGCAAUGUGGAGCCUCUCCUGCUUCUUCGUCAGCGCUUCAACCAGCAAGUGGAUCUCUGCAAUUUUACCGCACGUGAUCAGCAGAAUGGGCAAAUCGGAGCCCGUGGACAUCAACCUGUUCUGCUUAGUGGCCAUAGACUUUUACAAGCAUCAGAUAGAUGAAGAACUGGACCGCAGAGCCUUUCAGUCGGUGUUUGAGCUGGUGGCGGCCCCCGGGAGCCCCUAUCACAGUCUGUUGACGUGCUUACAGAAUGUGCACAAGGUUACCGUCUUCUAAGCACUUUUAUGGGCGAGGCUGGCAUUUACCAACAGAAGCAGAGACGGCAACACGAGGGACGGCCCUGCGCCUGUACCGACAUCUCCUCCGCGGUCCUGAACGCUCUCGCCCAACCCCACCCCGGAGUCUCCGAGACUCGCACUCUGCUCUGAAUGUCGCUUCUUGUAAAUAUGUUCUGAUCGCAGUUAGUUUUUUUUUUUUCUUUCUUUCUUUCUUUCUUUAAUACAGUGAAUGUAAAUGUCCUGUUCAUCGACACGUUGUACUCCUGGGAGUCUGUGACAACACAAACCUGCACCAGUCGGUCGUUGUACUCGCCCACCUCCCCUUAGGAUACAUUAGUAACACUUUGUGGAGUGUCCCGACAGUGGCACAUGGAACCGCGUCAUUAGCCUCAAGUGACGGCCACGUGUGACAAGUAUUAACGGAGGGUGACGUCUUUAAAGCCCACCUCCACUGCUGCGACUGCAGACACAUACUGUAAUGAGUAUUUAAAAAGUGUGUUACCGGUAAUUGCUGUGUUUGCAGCCGCUCCACCAUUAGUGUAUUCUUCAGACUGUGAUUUUUCAGGUUGCCCGGUAACUAGUGUUGAGUGAACUUGUGUUUGAAGUUCGGCGUCUAAAGUUCGGGUUCAGGUUAUCGAAGAAUCACGUUAUGGAUUCCGCUACCACGGACCGUAACGGAAUUUAGAAUCCACAACGCGAUUCUUCGAUAACCUGAACUUUAGACGCCGGACUUAAAACGCAAGUUCGCUCAACACUACCGGUAACCACUCAACAUCCUGUCUGGGUGACUACCAUUUGAGCGCACGUACAGGAAGUUGCACCUUAUUUAGACUGUACAGAAAAAUCAAGGCAAUGGCUGGCGCAGAAAGUGAUGGGAAAUAUGUGCCCCCCCCCCUGUAUACUGAGGGAGACUGGGGGGGCGAGACGAGACGUAGCAGAGGAUGAUGGGUGUUCACGUCAGCUACAUGUUGUACUCCUGCAACUGGAAAGGUUGUGUUGCUUUUCCAGCAGACCUGGGGCAUCUGUGUGUAACGGGCAUUGCAGUAAUCUCCUGAUCUCCUUCCCUUAAUUUCAGUAUAAUUGGUUUUAACUCUUUCUAUGCCAUGUAAGAUAUGUAUAAUUGUAAAACCUACUGCUCCAAUUACAAAGCCACUCUGCUUUCUUGUCAUUUUGUGGCCCAAACAAAAAAGAGAUUUUGUCAUCCCAUUAAAAAAAAGUUAAUAGAAGUGGUCACAGGGCUGGAUCCACGGAGGGCGAGAUGUCAUGUUUUAUUAUAUGGAUGCUCCGCGUCAAAUUGUUUUUACUUGCGUUUAUGGAAUUGGCUAAAAGUGACGGCACCUAAAGGGGAAUUCUAAUUAAAACUAUAUUCUGAUAGAAAUCAUAAGGGGUCAGGUGCUUCACAGCAGAUCGGGUCUGUUAUUUUUAAGAAUCGGGGUUGUCUUGGCAACGUAACCUCCACCAAUGUGAUAUUAUGAAUAUAGAGUCUGACAACAUAGGGUUUGUUUGUAGUCUGUAACCACGGAGACACACAGGUCUCUACAUAGGAGCUGUAUACACAACACGGUAGGCUAAAAGUGUACAUACCCUAAAAACUGCACUGAAAGCAGAAACUGCUCGUGUACUUUAUUAAAUUUUUUUUAUUAAUUUGUUUUGUACUUUCAAAAAAAUGUAAGGGAAUGUGUCAUCAAAAAAAUGACCUACAGUUUAAAUCAUGUUUUUUUGUUAAACAUAUAUUUUUUUGAAUUUUUGAUGUUUUUUUAAUAAUUUUUGGCCAAAGUCAGAAUGAACAGCAGCUUACCUCAUUGACUUCUGUAGGGGAAUUUCUAGGCAUGCUCUGUGACCUGUGCAGAGGUCAGGAGGGAGUAGAUGAGCUGUAAUAUCACCUGUUAUGUAUUGUUAUCUAAAUAGUUACCUAUAUAUAGAUAAUAUCUGUCAUUGUAAUCCUGACUGUGAUGAUAAUACGAUGGCUACUGAAAAGUGACCUAUACAGAACAGGAAGCCUAAACAUAUUAUUAGGCCCAGGGGUCAGUGCAAAAACUGCAGGAUUUUUAGUGUAUAUUUAUUUUUAACUUAGAUAAUGGUAUGGAAAAUUAAAACUAAAAUCACCAUAAAUUCUAAAAAUAUAUUUAACAUAAAAGCAUGAUUUAAAUAAUUGAUCAUUUUCUGGUGACCCGUUCCCUUUAAUUGUUAAUAUGAAUUGAAGACCUUACUUACUGAAAGUCUGGAGGCAGGACAUAAGAAACCAGCUGUAUGUGUGUAGAGGUGGCUGUGCUUGUGCAGCGCUCUCCAUUCACUUCUAUGGGACUUCCAGAAAUAGCGGCGCGCGCUCUCAGCUAUUUUCAGAAGUCUUAUAGACGUGAAUAGAGAGCGCUGCGCAUGCGAAACCACAGUGCCUGCUUCCGCUACAGGCACUAUCUUUACAUGUAGAAUUUGCCAGCCAGAAUGACUUAAAAAUUUUAAUUUUUAAUUCAUUAAUUUUAAAUAUCUAACAGCGCAUUUAACAUUUCGUAUUCCUGCUCCUGCGCUGGGUGGUUUGUUACAUGUCCACUGGAUCCCAUUAGGCAAUCACAACACGGCUCUCAUUUGUAUGACAUUAUUCGCAGUAGGGCCUAUGACAACCCUAACCUUGCGGAACUUAUAGGGCUCCUAUAAGUCUUUCUUAUAGGAGGCCUGAAACCUUUCUGGAAGACUUGUUUACAGGGAUGACGACAACAUGAAAACCUACCACAUAACUAUGGAGACCUGCUCCCUUCCUGAAUCUACUUCCCUGACCCUUCAGUUUUUAAAAAUCUGCAGCAUGCUCAUCUGUUGCGGGUUUGUGACCGAUUUUACCACUUUCCAUGCAAAUCUGCUGCAAGAUCCACGGUGGAUCCGGACCCUGAGUACAGCAAGUGUAAGAGUGGGAGCCGCUCUGUCCAGUCCCCUGUACAGCUCGUAUCCCGUCAGCCAUCUCCAUGGGACUUGGUCCCUGCAUGUUGUUUUGGGCCCAUUCAUUCCCUCUUAAGGCCUCAUGAACACGACCGUUCCGUGCAUUGGGGACCGCAACUUGAAUGGAUCCGUCCGCAGCGCAAAAGAAAAAUAGAACAUGUUCGGACAGAAACACCACGGAAGAACUCCGUAGUGCUUCCGUGCAAGUGAAUGGGUCCACCUCCGUGAUGCGGGGAGCACACAGCCGGUGCCCGCAUAUUGGCCAGACAACGGCCGUGUGCAUGAGGCCUAACCCAUAACUCAACUCGCGUUCUUCCGGCAUUUCAUGGAACCAGACCACUUUGUAAUCUUCCCUGGACUAUGAUGGGAAAUCACCGGAGUCCGAACGCUGUUUGUUUUCAAAGUAUAACAGAGAAUAUAUUACGAUGUAUGUUUAAAUUAAAGAUUGCUGGUUAUAUUGCACAUGAGAAUUAAAGAAUUGUUCAAUCGUCA